UUUUCUCCUGCUUUAUAUAUAUUUAGGACAGAGUCAUAAAAAAACAGUACAAGAAACGGACCGGAACAGACCUCACUUUGGAAAGCUUUUGGAGUGGCACAUAACUGGGGAAAGGAAUGGCACGCGUGCUUUUGGCAGUGGCUUUGACAAUCGCAGUUCUUGUAGGUUGUGCAGAUGGCCAUGCUCACGCGAGGCACACACGGAGCUUGAUAAACUUGGCGGAGCUCAUCAAGUGUGUCACUGGGAAACACGCGUGCGACUACAAUGCUUAUGGAAACUGGUGUGGCAUAGGAGGGAGUGGAACUCCGGUGGACGAAAUUGACGGGUGCUGCCAGCGUCACGAUUUGUGCUACGACAGACUCAUAGCUAAUGGCUGUUGGCCUAGGUGGAGUCCCUAUAACUACACGUGCAAGGAUUCCCUGGUCGACUGUGGUAUCGAUGACGGAAGUUGCCAGGCGCAGAUGUGUGCAUGUGACAAGGAAGUGGUGGAGUGUUUCGCAAGGGGAACAUAUAAUCCUGCGAACAAAAAGAAAAAUUUGUUUUGCUAGACAAAGUACGGAAUGGAGGGAAAAUCCCAGCAAGAAGACUGGAAAAACCCAGCACAAUGCCAUCUUAAGUGAAACCCAACGCAGUGGCGAUUUAAACUUUUUUUUUAAUCAGGCUUGACUUUCUUUGCUUGAGAUAUUCUGUACGGUGAAACGCUGAGAAACAACGUUCCAUUUGUCGCAACCAGUUAAACCUGAAUCAGGAACAUUAAUGAUUUAAAAAAUACUUCUGCUGCAGAUCUGCGUUGGUGUGAUUGUUUUUGAGUUCCAUUGAUUCAAACUGAAUAUUAUUUCACAAUAUGUUUUUUUGUUGAAAAUCAUGUAAGUGUUUUUACAUUGUGAAUGUUAAUUGAUAAUAAGUACCAUAUCAACAGCUAAGUAAAAAAACAUUUCGAAAACAUCUAGGAAAUAAUUAGAAUUGUUUAAGCUUAUCCGUAAUAGCACUGUAAUUAAAAAUCUGAACGAUUUAGAAUAUGUCAUUACGUCUGGUUAUGGUUGCUAAUCUCCCAAACACCGAAUCCAAUAACAUCCCAUCAAACAGACUCAUACUACACACAACAUUCAGUACAACCUCAUUGCCUGUAAUCAAGCACUGUGGAGGCGAGGAUUGGUGAAUCACGCAAAUGUUGUAAACCUCCUUUCCUAUAUGGGCAUGGAGGUGCCAUACCCUGACUAUGCCAGACGAAGGUGGUGCAGCAAACCGUCGACACAUAUCAUCUGGUCCCUUCUCUGUGAGAUACAGUGUUGCCCCCUUGCACAUCUUCUUUCCUCUGGCUGCUACGGUUUCCUAUCCACAUGUAAACACUCGUUAACUUGCUGAACAUAUCUUUCUCGUUGGCGUCUGGCUGCUGCCUCCUUGCUUUUCUGUCUGUGGUUCCUCCUCGCACCUCUGGUCGAGAGUGAAUGAAUACAAAAUUAAUGUAUUAUUAGUAUUACUGUUAUAUGCUUUAAUAAAGGUGCUCAACAUCAAC